GCCCCGACUUCCCUUCUGGGCGAUGGUGCAGCCCGAGGGCGCCUCCAUCCCCCGCCGCCGCUGAUCGGUCCCUCACUCCAUGGCCGCCUCGGCGCCGCCCCCACCGGACAAGCUGGAGGGAGGUGGCGGCCCCGCACCGCCCCCUGCGCCGCCCAGCACCGGGAGGAAGCAGGGCAAGGCCGGUCUGCAAAUGAAGAGCCCAGAAAAGAAACGAAGAAAGUCAAAUACUCAGGGCCCUGCAUACUCACAUCUGACGGAGUUUGCGCCACCCCCGACUCCCAUGGUGGAUCACCUGGUUGCAUCCAACCCUUUUGAGGAUGACUUCGGAGCUCCUAAGGUGGGGGGCGCAGCCCCUCCAUUCCUUGGCAGCCCUGUGCCCUUUGGAGGUUUCCGUGUACAGGGGGGCAUGGCAGGCCAGACAACCAAAUAGCUCAAAGAAGCAGGAGAGUUCCUGGCUAUGGCAGUUUCUUGGUUAUUUGGGGGUUCAAGACAGUAGGUGGCAGCCACAGCAGCCUCAGGGAUCUCAGCAACUAUGGCCUCCUGCCCAGAUUCGGAUAAUAGCUGGGUGCUUGCCGGCUCAGAGAGUCUGCCUGUGGAGACCCUGGGCCCUGAGUCCAGGAUGGAACCAGAGUCUGAGACAGCCCUGCAGGCCCCUGGAAGCCCCUGCAAGGCAACCGGUGAAGAAUCAGCUGGGGCCUUGGAUGGAGAAGGUACCCUGUCCCAGACCAAAGGCCCCCAGUCUGGUCCCAUUCUGCCAGAGGAGACUGAGGUCAAGGGCUCUCAAGAAGGUGAUGGCUGUGCUGUGGAGCCUCCUGGAGACUUAGUGGUCCAGGGAGACUUGCAGGAGACCUCUGUGGUGACAGGCCUAGGACCAGACACACCAGACUUGGAGGACCAGAGCCCGCCACAGAACCUGCCUUCAUCUCCCAAAGCAGCCUGGAUCACGGAGGAAGGCCGCUGCUCCAGCAGUGAGGAUGACACAGAUGUGGACGUGGAGGGGCUGCGGAGACGAUGGGGCCGGGAGCCCAGCCCCCCUCAGCCCGUGGCACCCCUAGUUGUGGAGGACCAGACGAGGGGCGACGGUGCAGGCGGGGAACUGGGCCUCUCUCUCAACAUGUGCCUCCUCGGGGCCCUGGUUCUGUUGGGCUUGGGCAUCCUCCUCUUCUCAGGUGGCCUCUCAGAGUCUGAGACUGGGCCCACGGAUGAGGUAGAGCUACAGGUCUUCCCGGAUACUGGGUCGGACACUGAGUUGCUGGAUGCUGUGGGGGAUGGGCAGGAUGGGCUAAAGGAACAGCCACAGGCCUCAGUGCCCCCUGACAGUGUCCCCAGUCUGCAGAAUAUGGGUCUUCUGCUGGACAAGCUGGCCAAGGAGAACCAGGACAUUCGGUUGCUGCAGGCCCAGCUGCAGACCCAGAAGGAAGAGCUUCAGAGCCUGAUACACCAGCCCAGAGGGCUAGAGGAAGAGAAUGCCCAGCUCCGGGUGGCUCUGCAGCAGGGUGAGGCCUCCCAGCGGGCUCUGGAGUCAGAGCUGCAGCAGCUGCGGGCCCGGCUGCAGGGGCUAGAGGCCGGCUGCAUCAGGGGCCCAGACGGGGUGUGCCUCAACUGGGGCAGAGGCCCCCAGAAUGACAGGGCUACCAAGGAGCAAGGACUUAGGGGCCAGGAGCCAGAGCUUGGCUUCCUAGAGCAGAAGGAGCAAUUGGAGGCCGAGGCCCAGGCAUUAAGGCACGAGCUGCAGAAGCAGCGGCAGCUGCUGGGGUCUGUGCAGCAGGACCUGGAGAGGAGCUUGCGGGAUGCUGGCCGGGGGGACCCGGCUCGUGCAGGCCUGGCUGAGCUGGGCCACAGACUGGCUCAGAAGCUGCAGGGCCUGGAGACCGGGGGCCAGGACCCUGGGGUCUCUGCCAAUGCUUCAGAGGCCUGGCGCCAGAAGGCCCGCUUCCAGAAUUCUAGGGAGUGGAGUGGGAAAGAAAAGUGUCAAGAUGGGCAGAGGGACCGGAAGGCUGAGCACUGGAAGCAUAAGAAGGAAGAGUCUGGCCAGAAAAGGAAGAAGAGCUGGGGGGUUGAGGAGGAUAGGGAGCUGGAAGGGAGGUGGAAGGAAGGCAAGCCAAGGGGGGAGGAGUGGGGGAGCAAGAAGGAGGGCAAGAGAAAGGACCCCAAGGAGCCUUCCAGGAAAAGUGAGAAUUCCCACCCCUCCGGAGAAAGACAGAAGCAUCCUCGGUGGAGAGAGGAGACCAGAGAUAGCCAUGACCCCCUGCCGCCCUGGGCAGAGCUGCUGAGGCACAAGUACCGGGCACCCCAGGGCUGCUCAGGUGUGCACGAGUGCGCCCGGCAGGAGGGCCUGGCUUUCUUCGGCACAGAGCUGGCCCCAGUGCAGCAGCAGGAGCUGGCCUCUCUGCUGAGAACGUACCUGGCACGGCUGCCCUGGGCUGGGCAGCUGACCAAGGAGCUACCCCUCUUGCCUGCUUACUUUGGCGAGGAUGGCAUCUUCCGCCAUGACCGCCUCCGCUUCCGGGAUUUUGUGGAUGCCUUGGAGGACAGCCUGGAGGAGGUGGCUGUGAGAGAGACAGGUGAUGAUGAUGAGGUGGAUGAUUUUGAGGACUUCAUCUUCAGCCACUUCUUGGGAGACAAAGCAUUGAAGAAGAGGUCAGGGAAGAAGGAUAAGCACUUGCAGAGCCCCCGAGCUGUGGGGCCCAGGGAAGAACACAGCCGCCACCAUCACCACCACCACCACCACCACCACCACCACAGAGGCUGA